ACAAAAUGAAAUCAGAAAAUUGGAUGCAAAUUAAAUCCCUAGAUUAUGGUUCCCAUUCUGCCCAAUUGGAUCAAAAACCAUUAAAAAACAUAUCAACAAACUCUUAAACCUUAAGGAAGAAAGAAGAAGCUUCUGGAUCGUACCGAGUACCAAUCCCUUUAAUUAAAAAUUCAGAAUAUUCAAGUUAAAGCGGCGGUAGAGAUUAUUCAUAAAUCCAAAACCAUCGUAUUCUUGAGAAAACGCGUACCUUUUUACAACUGAGUUUUCUUUUUCACCAAUCUCAAUGUCUUCACCUGCUGAAUAUUAUAACUCUCUUCCACCUAUAACCAAGGCUUAUGGGACUUUGUGCUUGUUUUUCACUGCGGCGUAUCAGCUCGGUGUAUUUGAUUUAGUGCAUAUUGCAUUGAUAUAUCAACUCGUAUUCUCACGUUUUCAGGUAUGGAGGCUUUUUACAAACUUCUUUUUCUUGGGAAAAUUCUCCAUCAAUUUUGGAAUUCGUCUCUUAAUGAUAGCAAGAUAUGGUGUUCAACUUGAGAAGGGACCAUUUGAUAGGCGUACAGCAGAUUUUUUGUGGAUGGUGAUCUUUGGAGCCCUGUCAAUGUUGAUACUAUCUGCCAUCCCUUUUUUUUGGACCCCUUUCUUGGGAACAUCACUUGUAUUCAUGCUUCUCUAUGUCUGGAGUAGAGAAUUCCCAAAUGCCCAGAUCAGCAUAUAUGGCCUUGUGACUCUUAAGGCAUUUUAUCUACCAUGGACAAUGCUUGCUUUAGAUGUCAUUUUCGGUUCACCUCUUAUGCCAGAUCUGUUGGGAAUCAUCGCAGGGCAUCUGUAUUACUUUUUGACUGUGUUACAUCCACUUGCAACUGGGAAGAUCUUACUGAAGACUCCAAGAUGGGUACACAAGCUGGUCGCAAGGUAUAGAAUAGGAGCUCCAGCCCCAACAAACAACCACGGGCAACCUGAUAGAAAUGCACCAAAUUCUACUGGUGCGUUCAGAGGGAGAGCAUACCGAUUAAGUGAUUAGCAGCUAUGCAGGUCUAUCCACCCGUUUCUGGGUCAUAAGAUUCACUGUUCACUUCAACUUCCUCGUUAGUUAUUCAGAUGAUGUACCUAACACAGAGAGCAAAGUAUUUGAUUUAUUCAUUAGACUGUACAAGAGGUUUAUGACAAGAUCGUGACUCCCUAAACCCUAACAUUUAUUUUUCUUUAGUGUUCUGAAGGAUUGUUGUGUUGUAUAAGUUAUUCGUUGGAGGACAAAUGAGGAGCUUAUUCCUUUUUGGA